CCCUUAUCAAUCCUUAUCAUUCUGAUAAGACGAUGAUAUGACAUUCCGUUUAGAUAUACAAGUAUUGUCUCGAUAACCGAUCGUAUGUCACAUAUUUAUCUUUGGGAAUUUGUUGUCUAAAAAGAUGGAGAAAUAUAUCAAUACUUAGUGUUGUUGAAAAUGUACAAACAGACUAAAAUAAAUGAAACGAUAAAGCAGAUUUUAAUGUUGUGAAGUGAUUUUGGACGAACGUGGGUGUUUUUUUUUUUUGGGAUUACUGAAUACCAGGGUGAUGACAGCGCCACCAACGCACGGUAGGGUGUACCAGGGCUACCCCUACAUCAACCCUCUCGUGAUAGAUCCACCAUCCCUUGAUGCUGAGACUGCCGCUAAGUGGACGAACUUACCCCGAAACCCUCUGAAACCUAGACGACCAGGGAACAACCCAGAUGUGACCAUCAAUGUGUCUGGUGCAUCAUCUGCUGGAGAUAGGACCAACAGUAAUGCAGAUUCAGAAGCAAAUAUCAAUCAAACAGACACACAAGAUAACAAACCAGAUUUAGACAAAGAACUUGACCAUAGAGUGUAUAUAGACUUUCCUACUAAUGAGCUUGGGGAAUAUGUAGAUGGUGAUAGAAGAGAAGAUAGUCGUUCUAAUGAAGCUUCAUCUAAUUUCGUAGAAGAUACGAUAUUUUACGACCCGUUUGAAGAUAGAAGGAUAAAUGUGGGUCAGAGUCCAGCAACCAGCCCGAAGAAUGGAUCGACCGGUCCAUCUGGUAUACACUCACCAUCAACACAAGCUGGGGGUUCAAGUUUAGAUGCACAAAGUCCACCUUCAAACCGAGUGCCUCCCUUUAUGACAAAGGAAUCCACUAUCUACCGCUCCCCAUCAUCAGAUGACAGAUUUGCUUCAAGCAUACCUGAACAGGACUUUCCUGAACCACCACCAGCUUAUACUGAGAUAGACAGAACUCCGGUCCAACCUACUCCUCCAAGAACUGAAGUUAUAGUACCAGAGAGAACUAACCCAACCGGACUUGCGAAUCCAGACAGAAAGCUGAUUCGUUGUCCCUACUGCAGCGUCAACGUGUACACUCUGGCGAUAAGAGAAAAUGGCUUCCUCACACAUGUUCUAGCUGUUUUCUUUAUUCUUCUAUUCGCGCCUCUCGUUCUGGUGGUAUACUGUACAGAUUACUUCAGGUACCGCAACCACUACUGCCCAAACUGCAACCAGCUCGUCGGAUACGAAGUACCCAUGCUGUGCCAGGACAUGGUCUAUACGAAAGCUGAUUAACGCCCCAUUAUCGUCUCAAUGGACUCCCACUGCUGGACAUUGUUCUCUUCCCACACUUGACACUUCUUUGAUGG